CCGGAAGCUUCACGCGCCCCACGCUCAGAGUCCUUCCUGUUUUAGAAAUCUCAAGGAAGCUGCAGCCACUGGACAGUCGCAUAUACUGAUGAUGGCUGCAUCACAGUGAUCUUUAAAGGCAGAGGACCCAUGCUCUCUCAUCUUUGUGCUGCCACACCAGCCCUGUACAUAUUGUGGAUCACUAUGGCCCAGAUAGCUGGUCAGGACGACAAGGAGAAAACUACUGCACUGAAAGAUUUGCUGUCAAGAAUAGUGGAUGAACUGAUGAAGAAAGAUGAACCGCCUUUCACUUUUCCCAAAACGCUGCAGGAGUUUGAAUAUGCCUUCAAUGACUACGGCCAGCUCAGACAUAUAAAAACAGGAGAGCCCUUUGUAUUCAAUGCCAGAGAGGACCUCCACCGCUGGAACCAGAAACGAUAUGAAGCUCUUGGAGAGAUCAUCACUCAGUAUGUUUACGAGCUGUUGGAGAAAAAGUGCAACAUGAUAAAAAAAAUCCUGCCAGAAGAUGCCACAGAAGACGAACCCACAAGUUUUAUCUACCUGAGCCCAGAUGCCUUGUCCAACCCGUCCAAGUUGCUGGUGCUGAUCCAGGGCAGCGGUGUAGUGCGAGCCGGUCAGUGGGCCCGCAGACUCAUCAUCAACCAGGACUUGGACUCAGGGACACAGAUCCCCUUCAUCACCAGAGCCAUGGAGGAGGGCUACGGUGUGAUUGUGCUCAACCCUAAUGAGAACUUCCUGGAGGUGGAGAAGCCAUCCAACUCGUCUCCCCUGCCCUCUCCUACUGAACCCUCAGACGAACCUGCUGAAAAGAGGGAACGCAAGGAUGAUAAAGAGGGCAAAAAGAAGAGAGAGUUUUAUGAGAAGUACCGUAACCCGCAGAAGGAGACAGAAACCGAACGGAUUCCGAUACGGGAAAAUGGUUCCUCAGAGGAACAUGUGCUGUACGUGUGGGACCACUUUGUGUCUAAAGCAGAAGCCAAGAAUGUUUUCAUCAUGGCCCACAGCUAUGGAGGGCUGUCCUUCGUUGAGUUGAUGAAUCAGAGGGAAAUGCAGGUGAAGAGCAAGGUGUGUGCUGUGGCUCUGACCGACUCAGCUCACCACAUCUGGCUACAGGACACCAGCAAAGGCACACAGGACUGGAUGCAGCAGCACUGCUGUAACUGGAUAUCAAGUCCAGAGCUCCUGGACACACCGCUGGACUCCAUGCUGCCUGACUGCCCCAGAGUCUCUGCAGGCACAGAGAGGCAUGAGCUGACCUCCUGGAUGAGUUUCAACUCCAUCUUCAGGUUCUUUAACGAGGUCCUGGAGGUGAAGGAAGAUGAGGAGGCGGAGGAGACCUCCAACACUGUCACCACCCGCAGCAGCUCUCUGAAAAACAAACACCAGGAUUUGUAGAACUAAAAUGACUGAACAAGAGGAGAGGGAGUGGGUUAAAAUGGAUCACCGGGGGCAAUGCAGAAGGGAAGAUUUCAGAUCCCCACUGAUAUUUUUUCUUCUUUUUUCAUCUCCCUCUGCACUGUAACCUCCCUCCAUCUUUCCUUUCCUCACCCUUCUCAUUGCGGGUGUCUCUUCCUUCCUUUUCUGCCUGGCCCUACACACAAAUAGCCUUGUUGUUGUUGUAAGACACAAGAGUACAGGGUCACCAUGUAUACAUCACAAUAACGUUUUGCAUUACUUCUAGAUGAGCGCAACUGUCAAAGCAAUAUGGGCCUGAGUGUUAGCGCUUCCCGUGGGCUGUGGCCUGGCUGCGGGUACGGGCCACGGCAGCACAGAUUAAAGCUGACAGGCACUGUGCACAGUGCGCCGUGGUGCACCUCUAAUUGUCCUGACAUCAGCCUGAACUGAGCUAAUGCCCUGCCUGCCCUCCAGUCUGCACUGCUCAGAGUCUCCCUCCUCUUCCUCUUCUUCUUCUUCUUCCCCCGGUCCUAAAGCCUGAGCUGCUUACCCUAAAAUCAGCUUGUCUUUUAUGACAUCUCCUGCUAAGGUUUGAUCUCUUUCUAACCGGAACAGGAACCAUUUUGUUGUUUUUAAUCUUUGAAAAUAUUUUUAAAUGAGUUACCACACACUCUUGACUGAUGAUCAUUUGUUUAUCUUGCAAAGGAUGUAUUUUUUAUGACUUCUUUAAUCUUUAAAUCCUCUACAGCUGAGUUUUUUGGUCUUCUUGGGGUAAAACGUAUAUAUUAACGUAUAUUUCUUGGACUUGGACUGCACUGCUUAUAAUAAGAAGUUUUUUUUUUUUUAAUUUGCUGGCUUUGAGCUAAAUUCAAAUGCAAUGUCUCACACGAUUUGAUUUUUAAUAUUAAGCCAAUACUUCCCUGAGCUGUAAGGGUUUACAAUAUAUCCAGGUUUGAUUUGCAAAACUGUGCAGAGUUCAUCUCUCUGUGUUUAUCAGGAAUAUAUAUAAUAUUUCUUUUUUUCAAUUCGAUAUCCUUGAAAUUGAUGUCUCCGGAUGAUUGGAUGUGAUGAAACAAAUAAAACAAACACAACCUGUGCUGAAUAUGGAAAAUCUGGGACACUGAGCGUAUUUAAAAUUACUUAAAGUCAAGCAUCAAACUGGGUUUGAGGGAUAUCUCAUUUUAACAGGAGCCAGAAGUCAGCUCACAACACUCAUAAAGCCUCAAUAUAUCGCCUUACACAUGUCAGGAAAUCCACCAUUUCAAUAUUAUUCUAAGCCUGAAUGAUAUUUCCUUAGAUGUUGGAGAAAAGUAACAUAUCUAUUCUUUCCCCUUUCUUCCAAAGUACUCCUCUUGUGUGCUUAGAAGUGACAGAGUCAGCUCCCUCCUCAGCUGCAUAUAAUCUGACUACGUGACACAAACAUGAUAAAAAUUUUCCACAUGCAGGGUGGUGUGUUUUAUAAACCACUCAAGGCUUAAUGGAAUACAUUUCUAAUGUGUCAUGACAUUAGUAAAAACUCAAACUGGAUACUAAAUCUUAUGAUACCCUAGACACAUUCUCAAAUAUGUACUUUUCUUCUUCUUUUUUUCACCUCAAAUAGCUCCAUUGUUUAACUUUUACACUGUGAAAUCCUGUCUCUCCUGCAAACUGCGUGCAUGCUUUAAGGCUUUUGUGGAUUAUCUUUCCGCUGUAAUGAGACAACUGUGGCUGAUGGUUGCAGGCCUAAUUUCCUUUUAAUUUGAUUCACAUCUCUCCAGGUUUCAGCAAAGAAGUUGGCUUAUUAUUUGAUUUGAUGAGUUUCGUUUCGAAGAUACCAUUGCUCAUCUUUCUGCUUUUCAGCUACAAUCAGUUCAUUUUUCACUCCAUAAUUUGUAUAAUGUUGCCUUAGGAACAAACAGGACUCUGUUAACUAUUUUUAAUAAUAUCCAGCAAGCCAUAUGUGAAUGGAACUAAAGAUGUAAGCAGCCUCGAUCCAAAGCACAGUCUGCGAAUAAAAGGACACUCAUUUAGUCGAUCCCUCUGGAAGACAUUUUUUUCUUUGCAGAUAGUUUAUAUGCUGUAUUGGUUAAAGAAACACAUCCAUUAAGUUUGAUUCCUGUUAAAGCCUUUGGAUUAUAUGAAACUGAGAGUUUCCUGCCAGGUCAUAUAUUUUUCUCAUCCUCUCAGAGUACUUCUGUUUUUGAAAGGCUGUCUUUAAAAUUUCUUUCAAGUCUGUGCUCCAAGGCAAUUCCUCUACUUUGACUUGAUUGAUUUCAUUUUUGUAUAUGACCUAUUAAACUUGUUAAAAGCAAAUAAAAUUAACUUUUACAUCCUG